UCCGGAAGCUGUCCCUGACCCGGACGUGUUUUUGUUUAUUGUAGGAAGUUUUCCGCCAGAAGAACGACACUGAUUUAGGGAAGAUAAGUCGGGAAACAGAACGGGAUGGACCCUCCAGGCAGAAGUCGAAGUCCCAGUCCUGCGCAGAGAGAACACAGUGGACCUUCAGAUGACGAGUCCAGUCCAGCAGAUAAAAGGCCCCAACAGUCCGGCACAGUUGAGAAAAGCCCCAAAGAGAGGCCGUCCCCUCGGGCCAGUCCUGCAGGCCGCACCUCCUCCAGGAGUCCUGCCUCCAGCAGCUCAGACAGCAGCAGCAGCAGCAGUGAUGAUGAGGAUGAACAUAACGGGGCACUGAGGAAGAUUAGGAGUAGCGUGGCUCAGAUCAAAAGAUCAAGGUCCAAGUCAAGGUCCAGAGAGCGAGACGGAUCCAGAUCCAGAUCCAGCGGACGAGACGGAUCCAGAUCAAGAUCAAGAUCCAGGGGACGAGACGGAUCCAGAUCAAGAUCAAGAUCCAGAGGACGAGACCGGUCUAGGUCUAGAGGACGAGACAGAUCCAGGUCCAGAGAGAGAGACCGGGACCACUAUGACAGAGGACGGUAUACUAGGGAUCGCUAUGAUGAUCGCCGUGAUGACAGGGGCGGGCGCUUUGAUCGAUGGACCAAUCGGGAUGCAGAACCAGAUCACAGGAGGCGAGGCCGCUCAGCCUCGCCUCCAACAGACAGAGAGCCUGUGGCAGACGACCAGCCGCCUGUCAAGAAGAAGAAGGAGGAGCUCGACCCGAUCCUCACGAGGACCGGCGGGGCUUACAUCCCCCCAGCCAAGCUACGCAUGAUGCAGCAGCAAAUCACUGACAAGAGCAGCCUGGCCUAUCAGAGGAUGAGCUGGGAAGCUCUGAAGAAGUCCAUCAAUGGUCUGAUCAACAAAGUAAACGUGUCGAACAUCGUCAUGAUCAUCCAAGAGCUGCUGCAGGAGAACAUCGUCAGGGGGAGAGGUCUGCUGGCUCGCUCGGUGCUGCAGGCUCAGGCGGCAUCGCCAAUAUUUACUCAUGUUUACGCCGCCGUUGUCGCCAUCAUCAACUCCAAGUUCCCUCAGAUUGGAGAGCUGAUCCUCAAACGCCUCAUCCUAACCUUCAGGAAGAGCUACCGCCGCAAUCUCAAGCAACAGUGCCUGACAGCCUCAAAGUUUGUGGCACAUCUCAUCAACCAGAACGUGGCCCAUGAGGUUUUGUGUCUGGAGAUGCUCACUCUGCUGCUGGAGCGUCCAACUGACGACAGUGUGGAGGUCGCCAUCUCCUUCCUGAAGGAGUGUGGACUCAAACUGACCGAAGUCUCUCCGCGAGGAAUCAACGCCAUAUUUGAGCGUCUCAGGAACGUCCUCCAUGAGUCGGCCAUCGAUAAGAGGGUCCAGUACAUGAUCGAGGUAAUGUUUGCCAUCAGGAAGGACGGUUUCAAAGAUCAUCCGGUGAUCCCAGAGGGUCUGGACCUGGUGGAUGAGGAAGACCAGUUCACCCACAUGCUGCCACUGGAGGACGAGUACAACACCGAGGAUGUCCUCAGUAAGCCCCAGAGAGGGACGGGGGGACUCUGCCUCGCUCUAAACUCUCUGCAGAAAUACGUAUGCAUGUAUAUGCAAGCCUAA